AUAGCUCUUGUUCUGAUGGCAGGAGAGUUAGGGCAGUGGUCGGUGGAGGUGUGGGAGUCAGACAAAGUGGGAAAUAUGAGUCGGAGAAUAAAGUCAACAUACAGGCCUAAAGGAAGAGGUUUUGGUCGUGGAUAUCCCAGGGCACUUAUCGAGGUUGAGGAACCUGAAGAGGAGCCAACAAUUGCAAGUAAGAACAUUCCACCUCGUCCAGAGAGAAAGAAUGAAGGAGCAUCUGCAUUUCCAGGGCCUGCCCUGGAGGCUGAUCAACAGGAACUGGCUGAGCCUGAGCCGAAGACCGGUGGUGAGCAUGGAGGUGGUCCUGAGCCGAAGACCGGUGGUGAGCAUGGAGAUGGUCCUGAUGUUGAGGGGAAGGUACUGCCAGAUCCAGAGCCCAUGAAAAUGCCAGAAGCAGGUGAAGGGCAACCACAGAUUUGAAUGAAGACAAACUGUAACCACGCAGGCUGUUCUUGAGACGGAAAUGUGGCUGUUAAAAUUCUCGCAGUAUUGCGUCUGAAACUACUAUAACAUUGACUUAAAGUUUGAAACAAAAAAUUCAAUAAAGUUUUGCAGUUUUGUCCAAA